UUGAACCCUGUGACCAACUACGCGCCCACUAAAAAGCGCAUAAAGCCUAACCGAGUUACCCGCAUGCCAAUGCCCGCACAAAGCGCCGUCUGAACACAGCCACACGAGAUGACUCAGCGGGAGAUAACGGAACAGUUUUGUUAUCGUCAUUGAUAACUAUGUGCCGGUCUGCUGCACGCGACACUCCUUCAACUGGUCUCUCCUUGGGUUGGUUGUCUUGGUGAGUUUGCUCUCUAGUACGAUGCACACCGAUGCUGUUGCUGAUCUGGCAACUUAGCUUAGUGCCUCUUAUCUCAACGAAGGAUACUGUUAAGCCAGUUACCAUGGCUGCCGUCAAUCUGGGACAACCUGCGUCGCUAUCGCAGGGCCCUAUCUCGCAAGAUGACGCAUCCGAGAUACUCGGCAGCAUCAGCAUGGCUGCGUUUCUUUGUCUUUUGAUCCCGCAACUCGUUGCCAACUACAAGCUGAAGAGCGCAGACAGCUUAUCUAUGGCAUUCCUGUUCAUUUGGCUUUUGGGAGACGUUACAAAUUUACUAGGGGGUCUGGCGAAUGGCAUCGCACCCGCAAGCAUAGCUGUGACAACAUAUCUGUGCUUUUCAGACUCGACACUCAUCUGCCAGUGCCUGUACUAUAACUCAAAACGUCGGAUUCGUAACCUCGUACAACCCAGCACGCCAAGAUCGCAAUCUCCCGAGCGUCGACCUCUACUCGAGCCGGCCGACUCUUCCGAGGAUGUGAACUCACCAAGCCAUUAUGAAGUUGCCUCUCCUGGGUCGACUCAGGUUGUGGACAAAGAUGAGGAGAACGACAUCAGCACUGUACGCACCCUGCACGACUGGCGCUUCAAUGCGGCAUGCCUUGUCAUGGUCGCUAUCCUUGGGAUCUCGGGAUGGUUCGUGCUUCGCCAGUUUGGGGUGGUUGGCGGUGAGAAGCCUCCUGGAGCCGUGAGCGUUACAGAGUUGUCAGGCAUUUCCGAGUCGGUUGGCUCAGCAUUGGGAAUCAUCGGCGCAAUCUGCUAUCUUGCGCGGAUUCCUCAAAUUAUCAAGAAUUACAGGGGAAAGUCAUGCGAAGGCCUUGCACCACUAUUUUUACUUCUGUCCGUCACCGGAAAUUUAACGUAUGGAAUGAGCGUCAUUGCGUAUAAGCAAGAUAGAGAGUACUUGCUUACAAGCCUACCGUGGCUAAUGGGCUCGCUUGGAACCAUUGUGGAAGACGGCAUCAUCCUAUUCCAGGUUCGACUUUACUCACGAGUACAAGAGCCAGUAGACUCAAAUGGUUUAUGAGUCUAGUCAACUUGAAAUGAAGCCCACAUAUCAUGAUUUUGUACGAUCUUGGCAAGAACCUAAAGACAUUGAUUUCAUGACUAGCCAAGCGGUUCGGGUCAGAUCGUGCGCAUUCCUGUUUUUCUCGGCAUGGGCUUUACAAAAAGGGCAACUUUCGGCCGAGUUGUUAUGUCUGUAGUGACUACAAGCCA